UACUAAUGCCACUCUCAGGAGGAGCAGCUGACCAUUCACAUUGCGAGUUUGGUUAACCACCUCCUGUCUUUGCACCUUCUUUUCUGUCGCUCUCGAUAAAGUUAGCACUUUGUGUUGAACCGCAGAAGGUUUUGGUUAAACCAGUAUCAUGACUUCAGGGACCUUGUUUGGGUCGAAGCGGAGGCUGGUGUUGAGCACUCUCCUUAUUUGUUUGAUAAUCUCCGAAUUAGUUUACUGUCAUAAAGAUGCUAACGAGCGGAAGAAAAGUCCGGGCAGGAAGGCCAAGUCUAGCAAACCUAAACUGGGAAAAGCAGCAACCAAAGAUACACCAGCAGGAAAAAACAAAGCAAAGGUUAAAGCUCCAGUGCAGGCUCAGACCUUACUUACGCAGGUCAUAAACAAAGGUAAGUUCACCAAGGUGGGCGAGACAAUCAGCGUUCAGGCUGGGGACACUCUGGAGCUAAGGUGCAGAGGUAAACCUGUGCAGUGGGGCGUCCCCCCAUACUUGGAGGACGAUGACGAGGGCAGGCUAAGGAUAGUCCAGAACGAGCGAUACGGCGUUCUGACACUAGUCAAUACAACAGGUGCAGAUACAGGGGAGUACACCUGCUACCCCAUGUUCUGUGAGAACACAGACUGCAGAAAGAACUACGACAAAGCGGGCAAAGUCUUUGUUUUCUUCAUGGACCCGCAAGAGCUUUUCGUCCCAACGUCUGACUACUACGAAGUGAUCCAGCUUAGAACCAACUGGCCAACACGCCUCCCCUGCCAAGUGACGUCACCGGAAGCCAAUGUGACGCUGCACCGCGAGUACCCACCAGUGGAGGUGCCAGUGGACGGGACAGAGAUCUCCUUCAACAUCAAGAAAGGCUUCACCAUCCAUCGGCCGAGACCGCAUCACGCCGGAGAGUUGUACUGUGUGGCCAGCCUGGGACGCCUGAGACAGAGCUCCACCAAGUACAUGCUCAUCUAUGUCAACUACCCAAUGGCACCUCCCGCUCCAGUGAUCCAAGCCAAUGCGAGUUCAGUGACCACUGGUGACAAUCUACGCGUCAGCUGCACAGUGAUGGGAGAACGCGAUGUGGUCGUGGAUGUCACAUGGGAGUACCCAGGACAGAAGAUUGGAAGGCCUCAGUACACGCAAGAGAGCAUCAGUGCAGUGAGUGGAGUGUCAGGAGGACUCCUGACUCAGUCCAUCCUCCUGGUGGAUGAGGUGAGGGACGUGGACCAAGGAACUUACACCUGCACUGCUGAAAACCUGCAGGGAUCCAAAUCUGUGUCCACUACAGUCAAUGUGAUUCCCAAAGUUAAACCUCCAAAACCAUAAAACUUGCAGCCCGACUGCACUGAUGUUGAUGUCAAUG